AUGUCACGACGGCCUCCGAACCCGGCUGCCGAGCGUGCUGCCCAGAACCAGGUUACGCUCAAGAGUCUCCUAAAGUUGGAAGCCAACAAGCUAUGCGCCGAUUGCAAGAAGAACAAGCAUCCCAGAUGGGCGAGUUGGAACUUAGGCAUCUUUGUCUGCAUCCGCUGCUCUGGAAUCCAUCGGUCUAUGGGCACACACAUUUCUCGAGUCAAGUCUGUCGAUCUGGACUCAUGGACGGAUGAGCAACUUCAGAGCGUUCUGAACUGGGGAAACGCGCGCGCAAACAAGUACUGGGAAUCCAAACUGGCACCUGGCCACGUGCCAUCCGAAGCCAAGAUUGAGAACUUUAUCAGGACAAAAUAUGAAUUGAAGCGCUGGGUAAUGGACGGGCCGAGACCUGAUCCUGCCACUCUGGAUGUUGAUGGCGAUGAUGAUAUUCCUCUGAGUAUCGUCAAGGAGAAGCAGAAUAUCGAGCGCAAAGAGUCCAUCCGAAAGGCUUCAGUCGGCCAGUCCGCCGCACCUCAGAGAGCGCCUCAGGCGGACCUGAUUGGCGGGGAUGAUCUACCACCGAGAGCCAGUACGGCAGGUCCCUCAGCAGCUCAGCAAGUUCCGCCCAAGGCUGCUCCCGCGCCUCCGAAAACGACCGCUGCCAAGGACUCGUUGUUUGGCUUGGAUUUCCUGAGUGAUGCGAGUGCUGCACCACCCCGACCUGCUAGCACGACUGGAACGUCUGGCUCCAGUGGUCAGUCGCGGCCAGAUCUCAAGCAAUCCAUUCUGUCUCUAUACGCCUCAGCACCCCGCCCGCAGCCGACACACCAACAUCAGUCUUCUGGCUCGCUCAGUGGAUUCGGCGGCAUGCAGUCGCCUGUGCAGUCUCCCACAUUUGGUCAUCAAUCCAAGCCAUCAGGCAGCGGUGCUGGACUAAAUGACGCCUUUGCUGGACUGAGCUUUGGAAAUGUAACGAGCCCUGUCCAAAAGAGCGCUCCCAAGGACGCUUUCGCAGGAUUGACCAACUUUGGCAGUGCCAAGUCCACUCCCCAAGCUACAUCGUCCUUUUCCAACUUGAGCGGAGGUAGCUUCUUUGAUGCCAAGCCAGCAAAGCCGGCUGCUCAGCAGAACAAUCCCUCUGAUAGUUUCGGUGGCUGGGGUGCGCCCGCCGCAGCACCUGCGAAGCCCGCACAACCAGCUUCCUCGUCCUUUGGUGAUUUAUUUGAUCUUUCUAGCCCUGCCCCUGCCGCGCAACCUGUCGCCUCGCCUCCUCCACAGCCACUCGCCCCGGCGCCAGCUGAUUCUUCAGUCUUCAAUCUCUCCCAACCAAAGCCCGCUCAACCAGCACCCGCGCCGGCUGCCUCGCUGAACACCUCUGCUUUCGGCAACUCGGAUGUCUGGGGUAAUGCCUGGGGCGAACCAGCUGCUCCAGCAGCACCUGCGCAGAAAAGCCCCGAAGUCAGCAAGCCCUCCGCAUUUGGAGGUAGUGAUUUUGGCUGGGGUAACAGCGGAUCCUCGCUGGCCAACACUCCCAUUAUUCCCGGCCAGUCUGGAUUUAACACUCAGUCAAGCUUCAGUUUGGCCCCGGCCCAGCCCAAGGUUGCUGCCGACGAGGAGUUCGGAGGCUGGACAAGCAGCACGGCUACCAAUCCUAGUACUACCACUACGAGCAAGCCGGGAUCAGGAUUUGGCAACGAUGAUUUGUUUUCAAACGUCUGGCAGUAG